AUGACACUCACAAAACUACAAAUAAAAGCCCCCGGUGACAGCCCCAACACAGAUGGCAUCAAAAUAGGAAAGUCAACGGGUAUAAAUAUCACAAGUGUUAACAUUAGAACGGGCAAUGACUGCAUUUCUAUGCUCUCGGGUUUAAAAAAUGUUCAAAUUAUGGAUGUGUAUUGUGGUCCUGGUCAUGGAAUAAACAUCGGAAGUCUUGGUAAGUAUGAAGACGAAGAAGAUCUUGCCGACAUAAUUGUUAAGAAUUGCACAUUUAAUGGUACGAGUAAUGGAGUUAGAAUCAAAUCAUAUGAGUCACAAUUGAACAAAACCGUGGUUGCUUCUAAUUUCAUAUAUGAGGAUAUUGUGAUGGAAAAUGUGGAGUAUCACAUUAACGCUAGCGACGUUGAUUUGAGACAACGUUAUACAAUAUGUUCUGAGAACUAUGAUGAUGUGUUAUUUGCUCUUACCAAAGACAAAGAUUCAGUCACCGCUGGAAAUUUCAAUGACAUGAAGUUCCACAUGUCUGGUCUGGGGUUGAUUGCCGAACAAUGUCGUUCAACAGCACCGGGUUCUUUCGACCUACGCAAGAAUUAUGAAUAUUUGGAAGUUGUUGGUAUUACUCUUGAGAUUCUUGCUGAUUAUUUGGCUGGAAAAUAUAUUGUUAUAUAG